UUGGGGUUCCGGAGGCUGGAGUCAGGUGGCGUCUGCUGUCAGAAAGUCAUGUCCAGAUCGGGUGACAGAACGUCCACCUUUGACCCAACACACAGCGACACCCUGCUGCACGGGCUCAACCUCUUGUGGAGGAAGCAGCUUUUCUGUGAUGUGACUCUCACCGCCCAGGGACAGCAGUUCCACUGCCACAAAGCGGUCCUGGCGUCCUGCUCCCAGUACUUCAGAUCCCUCUUCUCCUCUCACAACGCCAUCAACCACGAGGGCGGCAAAGGGGACCAGGGCAGCAGCGGAACGCCCUCAUCCUCCCCCGACGACAAGCUGGUGACCACCACCACCAGGCCCAUCAACAACCUGGUGCUCCAGGGCUGCUCCUCCAUCGGACUACGGUUAGUGCUGGAGUACCUGUACACUGCCAACGUGACUCUUUCCCUGGACACGGUGGAAGAGGUCCUCUCGGUCAGCAAGAUCCUCAACAUCCCCCAGAUCACCAAGCUCAGCGUGCAGUUCCUGAACGACCAGAUCUCCGUGCAGAACUACAAGCAGAUCUGCAAGAUCGCCGCGCUCCACGGGCUGGAUGAGACCAAGAAGCUGGCCAACAAGUACCUGGUGGAGGACGUGCUGCUGCUGAACUUUGAGGAGAUGUGCGCCAUGUUGGAUGCGCUGCCGCCCCCGGUGGAGUCGGAGCUAGCCCUCUUCCAGAUGUCAGUCCUCUGGCUGGAGCACGACAGGGAGACUCGCAUGCACUACGCCCCGGACCUUAUGAAGAGGCUGCGCUUCGCCCUCAUACCUGCCCCUGAGCUGGUUGAGAGGGUGCAGUCUGUUGACUUCAUGAGGAGUGACCCGGUGUGCCAGAAACUGCUCCUGGAUGCCAUGAACUACCACCUGAUGCCCUUCCGGCAGCACUGCAGGCAGACAAUGUCCAGCAGAAUCCGUUCCAAUAAGAGAAUGCUGCUACUGGUGGGUGGUUUGCCUCCUGGACCCGACCGUCUCCCCAGUAACCUGGUCCAGUACUAUGACGACGAGAAAAAGACAUGGAAGAUCCUCACAAUUAUGCCUUACAACAGUGCCCAUCACUGUGUGGUCGAGGUGGAGAACUUCCUGUUGCUGCUCGGCGGGGAAGACCAAUGGAACCCCAACGGGAAACACAGCACUAAUUUUGUCAGCCGUUACGAUCCCAGAUUCAACAGUUGGAUACAGCUGCCGCCUAUGCAGGAGAGGAGAGCCAGUUUCUUCGCCUGCCGCCUGGAUAAGCACCUGUACGUGAUCGGGGGCAGGAACGAGACGGGCUACCUCUCCAGCGUGGAGUCCUACAACCUGGAGACGAACGAGUGGAACUACGUGUCCUCCCUGCCCCAGCCCCUGGCCGCCCACGCAGGAGCCGUGCACAACGGCAAGAUCUACAUCUCAGGGGGAGUGCACAACGGAGAGUACGUUUCCUGGCUCUAUUGUUACGACCCCGUAAUGGACGUGUGGGCCCGGAAACAGGAUAUGAACACAAAGCGUGCCAUUCAUACCCUGGCGGGCAUGAGCGACCGCCUCUACGCUAUUGGCGGAAACCAUUUGAAAGGGUUCUCCCACCUCGAUGUGAUGCUGGUGGAGUGUUACGACCCCAAGGCCGACCAGUGGAACAUCCUGCAGACGCCCAUCCUGGAGGGCCGCAGCGGCCCGGGCUGUGCCAUUCUGGACGACAGCAUCUUCCUAGUAGGGGGAUACAGCUGGAGCAUGGGGGCCUACAAGUCUUCCACCAUCUGCUACAGCCCAGAGAAAGGGACGUGGACAGAGCUGGAGGGAGAGGUGGCCGAGCCCCUGGCAGGCCCCGCGUGCUCCACCGUCAUACUGCCGGCCUGCCUCCCCUUUAACAAAUGACAACUAGCCCGGCGGACAGGCGACCCGGUGAAGUCGCAAAGUGACUGGGAAGAGGACCAUCACUGAGCGACACAGUUGUCAACAA